AUGCGUAUUCCGUUUGAGCUUUGCUGCAACGAGUGUGGGCGGCAAACGUACAAAGGUGAAAGAUUUUGGGGUUUGAAAGAGAAAGCUGGAAAGGACUCGUGUUUUGAUGUAGAGAUUUACAGGUUUCAGUUCCAAUGUCCUUCCUGUCGUGCUGACUUCUUCAUUAAAUCGGAUCCCGGGCGUUACGAUUACAUUGUGGAGUCGGGAGCAACUUUGGUUAUGAUAAUUCAGUUAGAUUACCCACUUAUUCCAAAUAUCCAUAUCGUUCUGUUCAAAUGCCGUUGGGUUGAUCUCGUGAGAGAUAUGAAGGUACAUCCUUGUUAUCACCUUGUUGAUUUAAACUUCAAAAAAGUACACGAAAAGAACGAACCAUUCAUCCUGACACAACAAGCAUUGCAAGUCUACUACACGGAGUACCCUAGCAUGAAAAGAGAUAAAGUGGAAAGGAUAUUUGCCUGCAAAACCAAAGCCAGAAGAGUUAUUGAUGACUUUCUAUGGACUGAAGUUGCAUUUCAAGAGGAUGAAACAAUACCUACUCGACAAGUUGCGACGAACAAUCAUAAUUAUGACCUUAAUGACCCAAAUGACAUACAAUUAGUCAUUGAGCUUUCUAUUGCUAAUCAACAAGGAGUAGGUCUAUCCCGAUCAGGUAAUUGUGAAUCUAAUGAUGAAUUUGACGAAGAUAACAUAGAUGAGGAUUACAAGACUGAAGAAGACAAUAAUUAUGAUUGA